GAUUGCGAAUGCAUCUCUACGAAUACAUUGUUAACAUUACUGCGUUAGACGCCGCCUUCUGGGGGCAGGUGUGAAAUACAUAUUACAAGAUAUAUAAAGGUGCAAUUCAUAUUUGAAACUGAAACACAGCGAAUACAUACGUGAGACAAAAUCGACAUACAGCGAAGAAAGCAUUUGUUCAACCGCCAACAGUUUGAGUAGGUGUACGUGGAUAAAGAUGUUCAAGUGGCUGGUUGUUUGUUUCAUCGCUAUAGCGGUUGCAAAAUGGAACCAGAACGUACAAGCGACGGAUGAGUUGAAUGAAGAAGAGAAAAGGCUACUGGAAACUCUUGAGGAGAAAUUAGAUCAGGAAACACAGGAGACUGAUGUGUGUGAAACAAAAGAAUGUUUCAUGGAUUACGCAUGUGCAUCACAAUGUUGUUCAGAUCAGUGUGUUGCAGCGGACGAUUACGAAGGUUGCAUGGAUGUCUGUAUGUCUGACGUACCAAACACGGUAUCUGCUGCCCAGAACGAAGGGAGUCCAAGCGAAGAAGUUAACAAGUAUCAAAAGAAAUUAUGGGGAGCUCGAUUCCGUAGAGUCGUGAGAAGAGUUGCGAGAAGGGUUGUGCCUGUAAUACUGGCAAGAUACGUGCCUACAGUAGUAGGAUAGUGACAAAAUGUCUAGAAGUCGUCAAGAAUAUGCAGUUAUAUAUAUAUAUGAAAGAACAUUUUGAAAGCUUUUAAAGUUUGUAGAAUUCUUCAAAAUCAGGCCAUGUAUUUUAAAAUAACAUAAUAUAGAGUAUCAUAUAGAAACUAAACUGACUGAACUAGCAUAAUAGAGAAACUAAACCGACUAACAUAGCAAAAUAUUGAAACUAAACCGACUAUAAAUGAAAUAAACUAAUUGUAUUACUAAUAGUGUAAACACAUAGAAAUAUCGCUACUUCCAACUUCUCUGUACAGAAUAUUUCAAAAGUUAAGGUCAAGUAAUAAAAGUUAAUUCUGUCAAUAACUUAAUUUAACUUUUAUGAAUAUGUUUAAAUAGUUGUAAAGUAUAAUCAAAAGUAACUGUAUUCAAUUAAGUAUAAUAAUGUCAAAUUUCGGUAAUCAACAAGAAAGAUCAUUUUGCGUUAAGACUCGUACUUAGAAAUUAAGAAUUAAAUACAUGUAGUUAGCUUAAUGGUAUUAUUUUUAUUUUCCUCUUCACGCCACGUCUAUUAAAUACAAUAUAAAACAGCUGAAUGUUAAAAAAAUGAAUUGAACGCUCACAUUAUAUAUUAGUAAUAAAUCAAUGUCAGAUUGAUACAUAUCAAUAUGUAAUCUAUUUAAGUAGCGUGCGAGAUGGUUUUUAUGUUUUUUUCUGAUUAUUUAGAAUCAUAUUAUUCAGAAAAACCUGUUACAGAACUGAGCAGAACAUAACAGAAAAAUGCUUUAUUGUAGGGAUAACGCAUGUGUUUCAUGUUUUAACAUUUGUAGAAGCAAUCUGGAUUAAUUGUACCUUUGCCGGCAGGGCGAGGGUACCAACGUUUCCCUCAGGAUUCUGAAGAUGUUAUAACACAGUGUGACCAUGCGCUAAUGCUGGUCUAGCAUAAAACGCGUGAAACGCGUAAAAUCUAGUAAAUAAAUACAUUGUGUCUCAACACUGGAGUUUAUGCUUUGCUACGAAACGCGCAUACUUGUACAUGUAUAUAAAUAUGUGUUUUAACAGCGCGUGAAUGCGAGAUAUUCUCUGCUAACACAGGUUUUCUUUUCUGUUAAAACAUCAACCAAAAAUGAAAAGAACAACUGUUUUAUGCUAGAAUAGCGUAUGAAACACAUGUUUCUUCCUAAAACAGACAUUCAUUUCCAAUACAUGAAAAUUAAACUGGAAUUGUUACGAGCCAGCAGGCUCCAAAUACACUCUAGACAAUAACAGAAACUUAAAAAAUGCAAUAUUUAUGCAGAAUACCCGGCACAAGACAACCGUUUUUGAUCUCUGUACACAAUCAUAUUUACUAAUCACGAUAGUGAUUAAUAGUUCCUACAGCCGGGGUCAAAUGUACCAAGUGUUAUAUUUUUAAUAAACUGUAUGUACAAUAUUUCUUAAGUUACCUGAUUUGUUGUUUGGUGUGAAACUGGAAUAAUGAAUGUUGGCUUAAACUGCCUUAUUUCUGACUAGUUUUACCAAUAGUUAACUAAUAAUUGUUUGAAACAUAAAGUAACGAAAAGUCGAGCAUGGCUAUCUUAUAACGAGAAAUAACGAGUGUUUUUUCCUUGAUAACCGAUUGUGUAAAAUCAUUUUCCAUAUUUUGUAUGAUUAUGUUAUGUUAUUUAUGUUGAAUUUCGUUGUUUUGUCAGAUGCUCUAAAUAAGCAGCAUGACUUUUCAAAAUAAAGUAAUAACUAAAUUUAAACAAACCCCCCCGGACUGUCUCCCUUACAUUCGAUUUAGCUAGAACCUUAUAUCAAUAAUUUACUUCAAUAUAUUUUGCAUUGAUCGUGGUAUUGCUGAAAUAAAGCUCGAAUAUUACCCCGUAGAAAGCAACAUAACCUUCUGCGUUUAAGGUAAGUCUGCUCGGGCCAUGUUCGUUAUAAAACCUGUUACUUAAGAGAUUCAUAUAGAAAUAUUAUUUCUGUAAAAACAUAAAACAGUCCAGUAAAAAGAAACAUGUAACCUUAUGAUGUUACGGGAUUCGUGUUUUCAUGUAACAGAAAAAUGAAUACAUUUAGAUAAAUUUCUCUC